AGAGGGAGAGCCGGGCAGGUCGCUCCUCUCUCUUUCCCUCUCUCCGCCCACACGCGCCUCCCCCACCCCACUCCGCCCGAGACAGCGGCGGGGACUCUGAGGCGGCGGCGGCGGUUAUAGCAAGAGCAGACGCGGGCGGGGAUGGUGCGUCUCGGGGAGGCGGUAGCCUUUGCCGCUGCUGCCGCGCCGGCUGCCGCUCCUCCUGCCGCCCCUCCGUCCUUGCUGUGGGGGUGAAGAGGACACCCGAGACCCGACAGAGAUGAGGCAUCUAUUAGCAAGUUAAAGGUGAUUGAACCAUGGCUCAGUUUCCAACACCUUUUGCUGGCAACCUGGACAUCUGGGCCGUAACUGUGGAAGAGAGAGCUAAACAUGAUCAACAGUUCCACAGUUUGAAACCAAUAUCUGGAUUUAUCACUGGUGAUCAAGCCAGAAACUUUUUUUUCCAGUCUGGGUUACCUCAACCAGUUUUAGCACAGAUAUGGGCUCUGGCAGAUAUGAACAAUGAUGGGAGAAUGGACCAGCUGGAGUUUUCUAUCGCUAUGAAACUUAUCAAACUAAAACUUCAAGGUUAUCAGCUUCCUUCUGUAUUGCCUCCUAUUAUGAUACAGCCUCCCAUUGCCAUUUCUACUGCACCAGGAUUUGGUAUUGGGGGCCUACCCAGUAUGCCUCCUCUUACGGCUGUUGCUCCAGUGCCAAUGGCGUCUAUUCCAGUAGUGGGAAUGUCUCCACCUUUAGUAUCUUCUGUUCCUACAGCAGCUGUGCCCCCCCUUGCUAAUGGAGCACCAGCUGUUAUACAACCUCUACCUGCUUUUGGUCAUCCUGCCACAUUGCCAAAGAGUUCUUCCUUCAGUAGAUCUGGUGCAGGGUCUCAGUUAAAUGCAAAACUGCAAAAGGCACAAUCAUUUGAUGUACCUGGUGCAUCUCCAGCAGCAGAAUGGGCUGUUCCUCAAUCAUCAAGACUGAAAUAUAGGCAGCUUUUCAAUAGCCAUGAUAAAACAAUGAGUGGACACUUAACAGGUCCACAAGCAAGAACUAUCCUUAUGCAAUCAAGCUUACCACAAGCUCAAUUGGCUACAAUAUGGAAUCUUUCAGAUAUUGACCAGGAUGGAAAACUUACAGCAGAAGAGUUUAUUUUGGCUAUGCACUUAAUUGAUAUGGCUAUGUCAGGACAGCCAUUGCCACCUGUCUUGUCUCCGGAAUAUAUUCCUCCUUCAUUUAGAAGAGUUCGCUCUGGCAGUGGUGUAUCUGUUGCAAGUUCGGUGUCCACAGACCAAAGGUUACCAGAAGAACCAGUGUUAGAAGAAGAACAGCAGCAAUUAGAAAAGAAAUUGCCUGUAACAUUUGAAGAUAAGAAACGUGAGAACUUUGAACGUGGCAAUCUAGAGCUUGAAAAGCGGAGACAAGCCCUUUUGGAGCAGCAAAGAAAAGAGCAAGAGCGCCUUGCCCAGUUAGAAAGGGCAGAGCAGGAGAGGAAAGAGCGUGAACGGCAGGAGCAGGAACGGAAAAGGCAACUGGAAUUAGAAAAACAGUUAGAAAAACAGAGAGAGUUGGAACGCCAGAGAGAAGAGGAAAGGAGGAAAGAAAUAGAAAGGCGUGAGGCUGCAAAAAGGGAACUUGAAAGACAAAGGCAACUUGAGUGGGAACGCAAUCGGCGGCAAGAGCUCCUGAAUCAAAGGAACAAAGAGCAAGAGGAUAUAGUUGUUCUGAAAGCUAAGAAAAAAACAUUGGAGUUUGAAUUAGAAGCUCUAAAUGAUAAAAAACAUCAACUGGAGGGCAAACUUCAGGAUAUCCGAUGCAGAUUGUCUACUCAAAGACAAGAAAUUGAGAGCACAAACAAAUCUAGAGAGCUAAGAAUUGCAGAAAUAACACAUUUGCAGCAGCAGUUACAAGAGUCUCAACAGAUGCUUGGAAGGUUGAUUCCAGAAAAGCAAUUACUCAAUGAUCAGCUGAAGCAGGUUCAACAAAACAGUUUGCACAGAGACUCACUUCUCACUGUCAAAAGAGCCUUAGAAGCAAAGGAGUUAGCACACCAGCAGCUUCGUGAUCAGCUGGAUGAAGUAGAAAAAGAAACAAGAUCAAAACUUCAAGAGAUAGAUAUUUUCAAUAAUCAGCUAAAGGAGCUGAGGGAGAUACAUAACAAGCAGCAGCUGCAGAAGCAAAAGAACAUUGAAGCUGACAGGCUAAAGCAGAAGGAGCAAGAGAGGAAAUCAGAACUGGAAAAUCAAAAAGAUAGUCAGAGAAGAACCCGAGAGAGACAAUGGCUAGACAGAAUACAACAGGAGGAAGAACUCCCACGGCCAAGAAAAAUUCAAGAAGAAGAAAAGCAAAAAUGGGAAGAAUUAAGCAAAAAGAAGGAGAAUGAUGAGAAGAGCAAGCAAGAAGUGCAAGAAAAAUUAGAUAAACUUUUUCAUCCAUUUAAAGAUGCAACAAAACCAGCUCUCCAAGCUCCCUGGUCAACUGCAGAAAAGGCUCCAUUAACAAUUUCUGCUCCGGAAGAUGUAAAAAUAGUCUAUUAUCGAGCACUUUAUCCAUUUGAAUCCCGAAGUCAUGAUGAAAUCACUAUCCAGCCAGGAGACAUAAUCAUGGUGGAUGAAAGCCAAACUGGAGAGCCUGGGUGGCUUGGAGGUGAACUGAAAGGGAAAACAGGAUGGUUUCCUGCAAACUAUGCAGAGAGAAUUUCUGAAAAUGAAAUUACAAAUUCUGUAAAGCCAGUAACUGAUGCUGGAGCUGCACCUAAAGUUUCAUUGCGUGAAACCCCCACAACACCACUGGCACCGCCUGUUCCUACAGAUUCAAGUACAACUGCCAACAACUGGGCAGACUUCAGUUCAACCUGGCCAGCAAGUACUAGUGAUAAACAAGAGACUGAUAACUGGGAUGCUUGGGCAGCACAACCUUCCCUUACUGUUCCUAGUACAGGGCAGUUGAGGCAAAGAUCUGCCUUCACCCCAGCCACUGUUACUGGAUCAUCUCCUUCUCCUGUCUUGGGGCAGGGUGAAAAAGUGGAGGGACUUCAAGCACAGGCCCUGUAUCCUUGGAGAGCCAAAAAGGACAACCAUCUUAAUUUUAACAAGAAUGAUAUUAUCACGGUGUUAGAACAGCAAGACAUGUGGUGGUUUGGAGAAGUUCAAGGGCAAAAAGGCUGGUUUCCUAAAUCCUAUGUGAAGCUUAUUUCAGGUCCUAUAAGGAAAUCAACAAGCAUGGAUUCUGGGUCUUCAGAGAGUCCUGCUAACCUGAAGAGAACAUCACCAGUUACAAAAUCUUCAGUUUCAGGGGAAGAAUAUGUUGCCAUGUACACUUACGAAAGUUCUGAACAAGGAGAUUUAACAUUUCAGCAAGGGGAUUUAAUUCUUGUGACCAAGAAGGAUGGAGACUGGUGGACAGGAACAUUGGGCGAUAAAUCAGGAGUAUUUCCAUCUAACUAUGUUAGACUCAAAGACUCUGAGGUGCCUGGAACAGCUGGAAAAACAGGAAGCUUAGGCAAGAAACCUGAAAUUGCUCAAGUUAUUGCUUCGUACAUAGCAACAGGUCCUGAACAGCUUACGCUUGCUCCUGGUCAGCUAAUACUUAUCAGGAAGAAGAAUCCUGGUGGAUGGUGGGAAGGAGAGCUUCAAGCUCGUGGGAAAAAACGACAGAUAGGAUGGUUUCCUGCUAACUAUGUGAAACUCUUAAGUCCUGGUACUAGUAAAACUACACCAACCGAGCCAUCUAAAUCAGUAGUGUUACCUUCAGUGUGCCAAGUAAUUGGUAUGUAUGACUACAUUGCACAGAAUGAUGAUGAAUUAGCAUUCAGCAAAGGCCAGAUCAUUAACGUCCUUAAUAAGGAAGACCCAGACUGGUGGAAAGGAGAAGUGAAUGGGCAAGUGGGUCUCUUCCCAUCCAACUAUGUGAAACUGACAACAGAUAUGGACCCGAGCCAGCAAUGGUGUGCUGAUCUGCACCUCCUAGACAUGUUGACACCUACUGAAAGGAAACGGCAGGGCUACAUCCAUGAACUCAUAGUAACAGAAGAGAACUAUGUGAACGACUUGCAGCUGGUAACAGAGAUCUUCCAGAAGCCACUGAUGGACUCCGAGCUGUUGACAGAAAAAGAGGUUGCUAUGAUUUUUGUAAAUUGGAAAGAGCUGAUUAUGUGCAAUAUCAAACUACUGAAAGCGCUGCGUGUUCGUAAGAAAAUGUCAGGAGAGAGGAUGCCUGUCAAAAUGAUUGGUGAUAUCCUGACAGCACAGCUUCCGCACAUGCAGCCUUACAUUCGAUUCUGUAGCUGCCAGCUGAACGGAGCAGCCCUCAUCCAGCAGAAGACAGACGAAGUCCCCGAGUUCAAGGACUUCGUUAAAAGAUUAGCUAUGGAGCCUCGCUGUAAAGGAAUGCCAUUGUCAAGUUUUCUGCUAAAGCCUAUGCAACGAGUAACGCGAUAUCCUCUGAUAAUUAAAAAUAUAUUAGAAAAUACUCCUGAAAAUCACCCUGAUCACAGCCACUUGAAACAGGCUUUGGAGAAAGCGGAAGAACUUUGUUCUCAGGUUAAUGAAGGGGUGCGUGAGAAGGAGAACUCAGACAGGCUUGAAUGGAUCCAGGGUCACGUUCAGUGUGAAGGACUAUCAGAGCAACUUGUUUUUAACUCUGUUACAAACUGCUUGGGGCCACGCAAAUUUCUACACAGUGGGAAACUCUACAAGGCCAAGAGCAACAAGGAGCUGUAUGGCUUUCUGUUCAACGACUUCCUCCUGCUGACACAGAUAAUAAAACCUCUCGGCUCGUCUGGCACAGAUAAGGUCUUCAGCCCCAAGUCUAACCUGCAGUAUAAAAUGUACAAAACGCCCAUAUUUCUAAACGAGGUCUUGGUUAAACUACCCACGGAUCCUUCUGGCGACGAGCCCAUCUUUCAUAUCUCUCACAUUGAUCGGGUCUACACACUCCGUGCAGAAAGCAUAAAUGAAAGGACGGCCUGGGUUCAGAAAAUCAAAGCCGCUUCUGAACUAUACAUAGAAACAGAGAAGAAGAAGAGGGAAAAGGCCUAUUUAGUCCGAUCCCAAAGGGCAACCGGUAUAGGAAGGUUAAUGGUGAACAUUGUUGAAGGUAUUGAACUGAAGCCCUGCAGAUCCCACGGAAAGAGUAACCCGUAUUGUGAAGUGACGAUGGGCUCUCAGUGUCAUAUUACCAAGACUAUACAGGACACACUGAACCCCAAGUGGAAUUCUAACUGCCAGUUCUUUAUCAAAGAUUUGGAACAGGAUGUGCUUUGCAUAACAGUGUUUGAGAGGGAUCAGUUCUCACCAGAUGACUUUUUAGGCCGAACAGAAAUCCGAGUAGCAGACAUUAAGAAGGACCAGGGCUCAAAGGGGCCAGUGACAAAGUGUCUUCUCUUGCAUGAAGUUCCAACGGGAGAGAUAGUUGUCCGACUGGAUCUGCAGCUGUUCGAUGAACCUUAAAAAAGGAAGACGCUUCUUCUAACCUGAAAACACUGCAAUAGGCGCCUACAAAAUCUGUCUAGGAAUCCUCAGACCUUUUAUAUGAAACAAAAUACUUAUCAAUGCCACACAACUCUUUGUAGCUGGAUAAUCCUUGCAGAAAAUUGAAUUCCAAGUUUGUGAGGAAAAUGUCACUUUUUUGGGGGGGGUUUGAUUUGUUUUUUGUUUGUUUUAUUUCCUGUGGAACUUCUGCUGUAGCUUUCAGGAUUUCUAGAAAAACAGAGCUGUAGCCUGUGCUAAAACACUGCACAUUUUUCUGGGUACUGCAGCAUGUGGUGUCAACAAGAGAAUGUGGCACUGACAUGUCUUUGCAGACUUUCUGUAAAUUACCCCUAGAAAUGUUGUGCCUAUUGCCCCACAGAGUGGUGUAUAAACAUAAUGUGAAUAUAUUUAUAUAGAAAAUACCUAUGACAUGAAUGAAUUCUUGCCAUGUAAGAUAUUUGGGUUUCUUUUAAGAAAUUUAUGAUCUUUGAACCUGUUUUUGAAAAAUAAAAGGGGUGGGGGGGGGGGAGAAGAAGAAAAGACUAUUCCAAGUUGAAAUUUAAAUGACAGUUGCCCAUAAUCUGGAAGGCUCUCAAUGAGUGGAAGGUUGGUUUUUCCAAGUAUUUAUUAGGAAGCAGCAAAUAUUAGGUGGAUUCCCGGUCUAGGGACCAGUAAUUCAAAGCGUACCCCCCAUUUAGGAAGAAUAUAAAUGGGACCUGAUCCCUGCUGCUUCCCAUUGGGGUGUCUUUCACCCAAAUGGAGUACUGUGUAUCCACACAUCAAUGCUUUUUGUGGUUACAUUUCAAUGGGGUUGUAAAUAAUUGUAGACCAAGGUUUGGUGGAGUCGUUCUGUGUGUUCUACUGUACCAUUUAAACAUGAUUAAACUGCUGCUAAAUUGCGCAAAGGCAGUGACAAGAAAACAACUGCUCUAGCUCAGGAAAGCUGAGGCUAGCAGCAGUCAGAAGGGACUUAAUUUAUUGAAAAUAGUACUGUGCCUAAAUAAAUUUGACACCAUGGUUUUGAAAUCAGGGUGGUAGCAUACUGUAGCUCAACGAAGUGUUAACUGCAAAAGUGGUUCACUAAAAAAAUUUCAGUUUCAACAUUGGGUGUCACAAGUUUUUGCAAAGGGAUUUAUUGCUAUGUUGCAGAUGUAAGGAUUCACUCUCACAGUGACCCACAUAGGACAACCUUGAUUCAGCAAAGCGCUUCGAAGUCAUUCGAAAAAGAGAAGUAUGUUCUUGAGAACUUUGCUGAACUAGGGACAUUAGUGGUGGAAUUUUGCGAGUGGGCUCAUUUCAGCACCAGGCACAUUCAUUCUUUGUGUUUCCAGUUCUUCAGUUUGUUACCCAAGGAUCAUGCAGAAAUGGGUAUUUUUGUAAGGACUUUAAGAAUGGGAGGUGUUGACUGUUCUGUUAGCAUGUCAAUGUUCUUGUGAAACGUGUUGGCUUUACUGUUCUUUGCAUGUUGUUUUUGGUAUCAGUUUCCAUGUUUCCUGUGGAGAUGGUGUUCUCUAGCACAGCAAAAUUUUAUGAUUUCCAUUAGGAAAUUAGGAUAGCUUUAUACUUGAUAGGUAGCUAAGGUCUGGUGAUAAGUGUAAACUGUGCUUGAAAGUGUCUGUGUGCUAUUAUUUCCAAGGAGACCACUGUAUUAUUUUCAGCAAUUAUUUUUUAAAAAAUCCUGUAUGUUGGAGGGACGAAAAAGUUUACAUUUCAUACUUUUAAGAAUCGCUUUAUUAUUUAUUUAUUGAAGAUAGUGUAGAAUUUUGUAUCAGAAAUGACAUACUUAUGUAUUUUUUGGAACAGAGAAACACACUUUAGUUAGAAACUUUCAAAUGACCAAGUUUUAGAGGAAGUUUAACUUAACAGGCAUGCAAUUGUUUACCACUGAAUGGUUGAAAACACAAUUUAAAAAAAAACUUUUAAGUUUCUAUUUUUCAAUGUUGGUACAAAAAUGUUUCAAUUAAAAGUAUGUAAAUAGAACUAAACCCAUGAUUUCCUUUUUCCAUAUCAAAACAUUUUAUGAAAUAUAAUGUAUAUGAAAAUAACACAUUGUUGUGGUAGAGGAAAAAAGGUACAAAUCCUUUAGUGGCAGAAAAAUAUUAAAUGUCAUCGUUCUAACCUUC